UUGCCAUCGGUGAUGAGGCCAUAAGUUUGCGCCCUGGGGACGAAGUUGCCAUCAUUCCACCUAUCAGUGGGGGAUAGGACUCUAAGCUGCUAUGGGGGAUGGUGAGGAGCCUGAAGACUUCAUUAGAGUAUCACCAGAAAAGCUCUCCGUGGAUGAAGUUUCUCAGUUGGUGGUUUCUCCGAGCUGUGGGGCGGUGUCCCUCUUCAUAGGCACGACGAGGAAUCAUUUUGAAGGGAAGAACGUGACGUGUUUAGAGUAUGAAGCUUAUGUGCCAAUGGCAGAGAUGGAAAUAAAGAAGAUAUUGUCUGACAUUAGGCAGAAAUGGCCAAGUGUGAAGCAUAUAGUGGUUCAUCACAGGCUAGGGUUGGUUCCAGUAACUGAAGCCAGUGUAGCUAUUGCUAUUUCCUCACCACACAGGAAUGAUUCCCUGGAUGCUGUGAAAUAUUGUAUAAAUGCCUUGAAAGCCACUGUGCCUAUUUGGAAAAAGGAAAUGUAUGAAGAGGACAGCUAUACAUGGAAAGAAAAUACAGAAUGUUUUUGGAGAAAAAAAGAUGUCGUAUAACAGAAUACUUUGUGUUUAGUUUAAUAUUAAUAUUAAAGCAGAAC